AUGAAGAAACAAUCCUCUGCCAAGAACAUUUCCAAAUCUGCACUACCCUCCACAAUUCCCAAACGCAAACGUUCUACUCGUCAAUCUGGUGCCCAUUCAACUGUUCUACAAGAACAUUAUCCAUCACCUCAAACCACUACUCCAGAUCAUUCUCCACCAAAUCCUGAAAAAACUACUACUCAAGAACGUUCUCCACUCUGCACACCUCCCACUACUGCUCAAAGACGUUCUUCACCUUCACCCAACAUUCUUCCUUUUCCCUCAAAUCCACCUAGCCUCCCCUACUCAUUUAACCAUACAUCCACUGAGGUUCCUGUUGUCCCCUAUCUGUAUCAUCAACAGAGUGACAUGUGCUUCCAACUCCCAUUUCAUUCUACUUCAAUCAUCUCACCUGCUUUUGUCUCUCCAUAA